AUGCAGAACGCGAAAGGCGCUGUGUUCAAGACAAGCUCGCUGGACAAGAAGCUGCAGAAGGUCAUGAUGUUGAUAUUCAGCGUUCAAAUGUGUUUGUGCAUUACGCUAUCUGUUGGUAACGCGUUUUCGCAUAUGGGAUUGACGCCGUGGUAUUUGAGACCUGCGCCAUCGUACCAUCCUUCCUAUCAGCUCAUCGUCCACUGGGCCACAUGGAGUGUACAGACGAAUGCCCUCGUCCCGUGCUCCCUCAUGGUCACCCUGAUGAGUGUGAAGUUCGUUCAGGGCAUGUUCUUGUCGUCCGACUACUGCUGCGGUGACGUGGACAGCGGCAAGGGCGCCAAGGUGAAGACGAGCCAGGUGAUCGACACGCUCGGCCAGGUCACGCACGUCUUCUCCGACAAGACCGGCACGCUGACGCAGAACGUCAUGGAGUACAAGGCCUGCAGCGUCGGCGGCCGCACCUACGGCCUCCGCAGCGAGGGCCCCGGGGUCGAGCCCCUCGCCGCGCCGCGCACGCUGCGCUGCCACGGCGUGAACUUCGAGGCGGGCGCCUUCUACCGCGACCUCACGUCCGCCAGCGACUGCAUACUUUGUGAGCUCCUGCUGGAGCGGAUGGUCCAGUAUGGCAAGCAGGGCUUCUCCGUUUGCGUGCAGUGUGGCAACUGGGCGUGGAACUGGAGGCUCAAGAAGCAGAAAGGGGUGUGUACGGUAUGCGACACCCCCCAGCCUGGCUGGAGUACGACGACGAGCGGCACGUGGUGGGCGCCGUGGUCCUCGGGCGGUGGGCGGCACGACCAUGCGAAGUCCCUGCCGUCUCUCGCCAACUUCGGGGACUACCUGUCGAAGGCUCUCGCUGGUGCAGGGCUCGAUGGGGACCCAGAUGCUGCGCGCCUGGCGACGGAGUUCAGCACCCUGGCGUCCCAGAAGCUGGCGGCGGUCCCUGCGCCGCCGCCCAAGCCCCAGCACGCGCUGCUCAAGGAGGCUACGGCGGAUUGCUCCCGCAAGCAGGAGGCCCUGGAGAAGGCCGCCACGAAGCUGGAGCAGUCCCGCCUCCAGCUCGAGAGGGACCAGGCCAAGUUCGACGAGGCGGCGGACGCUGUCUUGGCUGCCGAUCUGUAUCGCUUGGAGGUGCAGGAGGCGGCGAACCCGCCCGAGGCGGCCACCAAGCAGUCGGGCUUCGUCCUGGACCCUGGGCUGUUCGAGUGCCUCGAGGAGCUGGAGGAGUCCGACAGGAAGGCGCUGGAGGAGUUCCAGAAGCAGCUGGAGGAGGUCACCCAGCUGGUCGACGCCAAGCAGAAGGAGUUCCAGGAUCUGCUGGAGCGUACGAGGUCGGCGCACACGGCGGCGGCGGCCAAGCGGCGCAAGCGCGGCGCCGACGGCGAGGCGGUGGCUGGCGGCAGCGCCGAGGGCGCGCCAGCGGCUGGCUCAGGUGCCGCUGCGGCGCCUGGCGCCGCGGCCGCCGCUGCUGGGCCCAGCAAGGCGAAGGUCGUGGUGCAGGAGAGCGACCAGAAGGCCAUGCUGGAGCGCAUCAAGAGCGGCGCCCAGUCUCAGGCGCGCGCGGCCGCGGUCUGCAAGGCUGCUGGCGCUGGCAAAGGAGUACCUCAUUCAGAGUCUGAUGACGACAAGUCGUUGGACAUCUUCUUCGGCAACAUUACGGAGUGGGGCCGACAGGCUGCACGGUUCAUUGCUCAGGAGCAGGAGCGCAGCAUUGUGGCCCUCGUUGAGACGCACAAAGGUGAAAAGGACAUGCCAGACAUCUGCCAGGCGAUCGACAAGGACGGCUGGCGUAUGCAGGCGCUCCCUAUCGAGUUCCAGGAGGGCUUCGACGAGCUGGUGCCGCCUGCACCUCCGCCAGAGUCCACAGUUUCUUUUGCCAUUCCUGAGGACACUUGGUUUGAAGCUCAGACGCAGGUGCAUUGGGAGGGCCUCCCCCAGCCGUUUGAUGAUCAGCCAGAGGGUGCCCGCGGCAAAGUUGCAGCUUAUGCCCGCAGUCAGCACUUUGUCUUUGAAUGGCAGUCUGAGGAGCGUUCGCGGCUGGAUGAGUCUUACUCUGCUUGGAUUUCUACAUUGGAGCGUGCCACUUUGAUUCAUGAGCAGGUCGAGCCCAGCACUUGGAUGCAGUUCUCAGGUCGGGCGCGCGGCCCUGCUUACUAUUGGGCCAAGGUCACCCCCUCGCCAGGGCGUGCUCACAUGAAGAACGAGCAGGCUGAGUGGUGGGGCGUGGUCAGCACUUUGUUAUUUCGGCAUGCUGCCCUUCGUGUGAAUGGGGCUGGUCCUGAUCAGGCUGCCUAUUGUGCGCGGGAAGUACAGGCCAGGAUUGGAGCCUUGCCUGAUGACAAGACGGUCGAGUAUUUUGGCAAGAAGUCCACCGCGCAGGAGAUCGACUUGUGGAAAGCAAUGGCCGCCGACUUGGAUCGUGUUCCUGUUGGCCAGCUUACUUCUCUGGUGGACACCACUCGUAGGUGGGCGGACUCGGCGACUUCACGGGCCUUGUUGGCUUCGCGCUCGUCCUUUGUUAAGUGGGUUAAGGAUACCUGGUCAUCCAAGCCUGGUGCUGUACAUCGGCAUGUGAAGCAGGUCCCGCCCUUGGAGUGGGAGGGAUGCGAUGCGUCAGGUGCCAUCACCACGGACAAGCAGACGAUGCUUCAGACUUCGGCUUCUGAAUGGAAUGUGAUGUGGCAUGAUCCUGUCGACCAGCCUGCAGAUAUUUUGUAUAUGAUGGACCAGUGCCUCUCAGCUGCGCGAGACAACCCACUUCCUGCCAUCACCAUCAUGGACGUGGAUGCUGUGCUGCCCUCGCUACCAGCGAAGAAGGCGAAGGGCGUGGGCGUGCUGAACCCCAUGGAUUUUCAGCGGCAGCCCUUGGUGGCAAGGCAGUGUCUUGUGAAUAUAUUGAACAGUAUUGAGCAGGCUGGCGCCUGGCCGUCGGCCCUCAGCGCGGUCCUGGGUGCUGCUACCCCCAAGGAAGCUGGAGGCAACAGAGUGUUGGGGCUUGUCCCGGCGCCGCACAAAAUUUGGUCCAAGGUGAUUGAUAAUUUGGAUGCUUCUGCCGACGCCAUGGCCAUGGGGCUCAAGAAGCUCAGGAAGCAGGUGAUCAAGGAGUGGAUUGCGCUGUGGCUCUCCCAGCCGAUGCUCCAUCCUCGCAUACGCAAGAUGUGGCCGAUCACUCUGGCGAAGCUACGGCGUGGCUCUGCUGAGAGACUUGUGGCGAAGUGGAAGGAUGUGCGCGGCCCCAUCGCCGCGGCGCAGGCCACGCUCUUGCAGGUUGGCUGGGACCCACAGAGCCCCGAUGUCUGGUCGCGCCCAUUGGCUGAUGGAACCAUCGAUGAUUGGCUGUUUCCUGCUUUUGGUGACGAGCAGUUCUCUUCAGCGGUGCCUUCGCAUUUUGAAGACAUGCUUGGCGCCUUCAUGGAUGAUUGUGUCCAGCUGCAGUGGAAGGAAGCGGCCCACCACGAAGCAGGUGAGGAUCUGACAGCUGGCGCGGACAUGACGACGGUGCAGAUUGAGCUGAACCGCCUGGCUGCCAGGUCCAAUUUCGACGAGUGGGCCGCAGACAUUGCCGUCAUCUCGGGGGGCCAGUGGGCUAUGAUGCUGGCGCUCGAGGUUGAACCUUGGGAAGGGGUCAGAGCUCCGCCAGCGCCCAAGGCCCGCAAGCCCACUAAGCUUGUCCAGGCGAUCGGCGAGAGUGCGCACAAGCUUCGCCCGUUCGCUGGUCGCUGGCGUUGCAACGUCUGCAAGGUGAUUGUCCCGAGGAGCCAAGUGCUCACUUUCGCCUCGACCCCGUGCCGCGUCCCGACCCCGUCGCCGUCGGAUUCGCCUGGCAUGCUGGGUCUGAGCCCUGAGUUUGGUGAGGGUUUCGAGGCGAUCUCGGGUGAGGCGUGGUGUGGCGCGGUGAAGCUUCACCCCAGCCACCGCCUUGCCAGGCCACUGGUGGAGAGGCCCAGUUUCGAUGAGUAUGUGGCCCGCUCCUCCGAUCGCCCUGUCGGAGAGCUGGCCAACCUGAUGUCGGUCUGCGAGGACGCCCCACCCGUGGGCGAGGACGCGGCUGCUGCCUUCGCUGCCGCCGCCGCCCGCUUGUGUGUGGUGAAUGAGUGUGAGGAGACCGCCGCCCAGCUCGGAGCCCAGGGUCAGGGGCAGACAGUGCUCGCUGGUGCUCGUGUGCAGGGGUUGGGCGGCGGGGGCGUCGACAGCGGUGACAGCGACUGA